AUUGGUCGACUUCCAGCAUUCCGCUGUAUCUUAGCAUCGAUACGCACUGUUGAUGAAUGGAGGAAAGCGGUACAAUGGGAGUGGGGUAGAUCCCCAUUGGAACUUUUUUCAGUGUCUUUUUCAAAAUAAGGAAGCUGAAUGGAUAGUUGACACUUGUUGUGCCCUUUAGCCUGUGCUCUUCAGGCAAAUAUGAGUGGGAUACUGUCAGAGUAGAUAAAAUUGAGGAAAAAUGAAUCCAGAUGCAUAUCGAGAUGCAAUGGAUAGGAGCAGUAUUCCCUAUGAUGGAAACCAGGAGGCAAUGAAGGUUACUGCUGGUCUUGAUGAAUUGUCGCUCAAGAAACAGUUGCCUCUAAGGCAACAGGCAAACAAGCCAAUGUUCAAGUACAACACAUCUAAGACGCAGUCAGUGCAUCUAUUUAACCAGGGAGACAUAGGGAUGAUCAGUAAAGAUCCAGGAGGGGUUAAUAGUUACAAUUUUAGUGGGAUGUACUAUACAGGCAACAUCAAUGCUGCACACCAAAUACUCACACUUGAAAGUACAUCAACAACUCCAAAAGCUCCUCAGCAUGCCUUGACCCAGGGGGUGAACAGAAGAACUUCCAACGCCUCUAAUCCCUACGUCAGACCUGUGAGUGCGACUGAAGUGGCUGCUAAUAUCAAUGGGGAGAAGGCUAGAAAGAUGGUUGAAAGCACAAUUUCAACAGUUGCAGAGAAGACCUCAACAGAUGUAACCAAUCAUUCUUUGCAGAGAAAUUCGUUCCUCAGACCAUUGAGUGGAAUUGGAGGAAACAAGGACAAAUCGCUUACCAAGAAACAGAGUCAAUCUCCAAGUGAUGCACCAAAUUCACAACUACAAAGGCAAAAUAGUUCUGGGUCUGAAUCCUCGGUGAAGCAGUACAAUGAAUCCAAAGUUAUGAUGAAGACGAAGUUCCAGUUUGCCAGCACAGCUUCCUCUUCUUUGUCCACUCCUUUAGUAUCUAGUGUUGUCAACAAAGUCAGCGAUACAGCAUUACCUAAGAAACCCAGCCAAACCUCAGCUUCUCAAGGCUAUGUGUCCCCGCCUGUGAGAAACCCAGACUACAGUCCAAACAAACCUUACAAAGAGGAUGUCUCAAGCAAGGAGUCUAGUCCUGAAUCUUACACUUGCUACACUGCACCGCCGCACAAUAUGACAAAGGCUUCUUCUGAAAACAGGGAUGGUAACACAUAUGGUCACAAACCGAAUAGAACAAAUAACGCUGCAGAAGAAGCCACAUAUCAGAAGACCCCAGACAACCAAUCUAAAGUCUCGGAAAUAUCUUCUCUCAAAAAGAUGCCAGUGACAAAUACUUUGACUGGAACUUUGUAUUAUAGGAAAGCAAGUUUGUCUGAUCAUUUGUCUUACAAGACUACCCCAUCUUCAGCAGCCUUACAAGCCCAGAAUGGAUCUUUUACAUCAGGCCAACUCACUGCAGAUGAGCAGCAAGCAGAAAGUGCUAACAAAGCUGACUCUUCUGUUUCUCAUGCAGAAAUUGCUUUGAGCUCUGUUUCUCAGGUUACCAGCAAGCCACCUCUUAGCCGCCCUCCUUUCGAGCGUUCUAAUGCUAGUAUACAGUUGCAUAAUAAACCAUUGUCUCAAGAGAAGAGACUGUCUUUGAGUCAGGGUUCCAUUGACAGGGCUGGGUCAGUAGAUGAGAAACAGUACCCCAAAAAAUCAAUCACUCAAGCAAAGCCCUUGGGCACCAAGCAAUCUGGCAGAACUCCUGUAACUCCUGCGUCCAAACCUCUUGCUCCCCGCCAUGCGCACUCACUCAGCAAUCUGAAAGGCAGGGCAAAACCAGGGCCUGUUUUGUCGGCUUUAGAGCACAGACCAAAGGCUGAUGGAGCUCCAGCGAAAAAUUUCCGCAAUGUUGAGAAAAAGAUGGUUACUGCUUCAAAGAUGCCCAGUUGGGAUGAUGAUCUUGAAGAAGAUGAUGACGAUGCUGAGGACAGUGAUCUGAAUGAUGAAGAUGAUGGAAAUGAGACCACACCAUCUGGAGAGAGGCUGCCUGGAGAUGGAGAAGCAAGCUUUGAAGACUAUGAUGAUGAUGAGGAUGAUGAUGACGGCGAUGCUCUUGACAAUUUUGAAGGCAGUGUCUCUGACGGGGAAUCGGACGGGUACUCCAUCAACAGCCGUGGCUCAUCAGACAGACGGUCAGCAUCAGGUCGACCCAUGACCUCACAGUCAGCUGGGAUAGUGGGAAAACAAGAUGAACUACUGGGGGAGAAAGUGAAAAGCCAGGCACGGCCAGCAACUGCUUCAGGAAAUAUAGUGAUUAAACCCGCUCUGAGGUUCAGCUUGUUCAAGAAUAUUCCACCGACUGUCAACUUUGUGGGAGAAGGAGAGAAAACUGAGCAGCUACCAUGGGAGCUUCGAAAACUUUUGAAGUGGAAGAUGAGCCCAAUAACACCAAUUGUUGUGAAACGGGCAAUAGGCAGAGUUGGUUUCAGGAUAUCUAAAAGAAACCAUGACUGGCUUGGCUGCUUCGGUAAACACAUGAAAGCUCAGUGUUUCAAAUCACUCCGAGAGUAUCAAAAGCUGAACCAUUUUCCAGGAUCAUUUCAAAUUGGAAGGAAAGAUCGCUUGUGGAGGAAUCUGUCUCGUAUGCAAGUGCACUAUGGAAAGAGAGAGUUCAAUUUCUUUCCACAUACAUUUGUUUUGCCUGCAGACCUGAAGCAGUUAAAGCGUGCUUGGGAAGAUGGGAACUCCAAGCAGAAGUGGAUCAUAAAGCCACCUGCUUCAGCCAGAGGUAUUGGGAUCAGAGUUAUCAGCAAGUGGUCUCAAAUCCCAAGAAGAAAGCCAGUCAUAGUGCAAAAGUACCUUGCUCGUCCAUACCUCAUCAAUGACAGCAAAUUUGACAUGAGAAUCUAUGUGUAUGUGAGUUCGUACGAUCCCCUCCGCAUCUAUGUGUAUGAAGACGGCCUAGCUCGUUUUGCCUCUUGCAAAUACUCUUCAUCCAUGAAGUCACUGAACAACAGAUACAUGCACCUCACCAACUACAGUGUGAACAAGAAGAACGCAGAAUACCUGAACAAUACAGACAACACUGUAUGUCAGGGGCAUAAAUGGAGUCUGAAAGCACUAUGGAAUUUCCUGAAACGGCAAGGCAUCAACACAGCUCUCAUCUGGGACAAUAUACGAGACCUCAUCAUCAAGACUAUUAUAUGUGGUGACUCUGCUAUCAACAGUAUGACCAAGUCGAAUUCUCGCAGCAGGUAUUGCUGCCAUGAGUUGUUUGGUUUCGAUAUUCUCUUGGAUGAGAACCUCAAACCUUGGAUUCUGGAGGUUAACAUAUCUCCUAGUUUGCACUCCAACUCUCAGCUUGACAUCAACAUCAAAGGGGGCAUGAUCAAAGACUUGAUGAAUAUUGCUGGGUUUCGACUACCUGAUGAACGUGAUGCGUCCAGUUCUGGAUCAAACACGGAUUUCAGUGCACAUGUUCCACCCAACAAGUACUGCAUGGACAAACGACUAUUCACAAAUCAGCUUUCUCCGGAUGAGAGAGCCAAACAUGCCUAUUACUGCCAAAAACACCAGGAUGAGCAAAUCAUGCAGUCAAUUCUGGACAUCAUCACACCAGAUGAUAUGCGACUUUUGUGUGAGAGCAUUGAUGAAGACAGUCGCAAAGGGAAUUUUCAGAGACUAUUCCCAACUCCUCACACGCAUCGCUACUUGCGUUUCUUUGAGCAACCUCGCUACUACAAUCUCCUGUUAGAUCAAUGGGUGAUGCGAUACAACCGCAUGGAGCAGCGAGGAAUUCUGUUACUUCAGUCAUUCUGUGAGGAGAAGAUACAUGUUGAGAAUCCAACAACAAACUCCAGACAUCAGUGGGCGCCUCCAAAUUCUACCGCAGCAUCAUUACGAGCAGCUGACAUCCGACCCCUGGCUGGACAGAACAGUGCAAGAGGAAGAUGGACAAAAGUUCUUUGUCAAUGCACCAGCCCCUGUACUGCCUCGAGUCCUGAAGAAGUUGCCGCCCAGGGGGGGCCAGACCCUGUCUCAGUCGAGCAGCACCAAUUCCCUCCAGUCUCUCGUCUCUUCCCCCCAGCUCCACACACCAUCACCUAUAGGCCCUAUUGGCUCACCAAGCAGGUGACUAGCGGUCCGUCUGCCCCCACUUCAUGACCUUUGCACAGACAACACCCCUCGAUAUGCGUCCAAGAGAUACAGACGUUCAGUGCACACUUCAGUUCCCAUUGAUCAAGCUGCUUCACUCAGUAGCCGGUCAAAGGGCUCCAGAAAGCACCCCCAUACAUCACGACCUGACUAUUAUUGAUGGUGCUCACUUUGCUAUUUCCUUUAGUGUGUUGAACAGCUGAGAAACUUGUGUAACUGACACCUCUGUUGGGUAUUUCAUGGGAAUAUUUCUUCUAUGCAAGUGUCAAUGUAGAGAAAAAAAAGUAAUGUCUUAGAAACUGAACUAUGUCUGUACAAAAAGAGCUUUCCAAAACUACCAUAUCUCUCACCUCAUGCCAAAAUUUAUAUCCAGGAAUAUAUUCAUGCAUAGUUAUUGAAAAAAAUGUGUAAAGCAGCAGUUUGAAACUGGUAGAAGAAAAUGUAUGGCUGCUUAUCCAGGCUACUAAAUAAUUAUUGCUCUCUUGCUUUUGGUGCUGUGGAUGAAAUGUUAAAGUUUAUAAAAUAGCAGAACCAAUAAAAAAAAUUUUUACAUCAGAAAGAUAAUCGUAUUAUUACAUGGCCAUAUAUCUAUAUAGUCCAAUAUGUAUUGAACUUGCUGAUGUUUCAAAUUUUUGUAAUGUGCUCGUAGUUUUGACAAAUUUUGAAGUGCAUAAUUAUAUUUUUUAAAAGUUCUGUCUCUUCCCCCUCCCCCAACUUUAUAUUUAAUCUGUAUACAAACUGAUUGAUUUAAAAUCUACAUCAACUCUACUUACUUUUGUAAACUUAAAGUGAUAAUUGGAUGCACUAAUGUUUAAACUCUGCCAAAAAUAUAUAUGUAAUGUUACUAUUUGAAAACCAAGAAUUGAUCACUUGUGCCAUGCAUGUUGCUUUUACAUCUUCAGGGGAUGUAUUAAAAGUACAACUCUUUAUGGAGCCAAAAUAUGCUUGGGAGGAAAGAAAAAAGUUAAAUGAAUGACACAAUCAUGACUAUAAAAAAUUAGCCAUGCAUGAUCUAUGCCUUGCUGUAUUUUAAAAAUAUUCUUCAUUUUGGAAAACAAAACUUAUAGUAGUGUUUGAUUGAAUGUAUUCAGUGGGUUGAUUCUUGAAUGAAGUGAAAGUUUAUCCUGUCAGCUUUAUUGCCCACAUUUGUUUCUUUCUGUUUUUGCGAAACUUGUAUUGCUUGUUGGCUGAGGUUUUGCAAAGUACACUUCUGCCAAGAGUAUAAUACCAAAGGUUUCUUGGUUGAUUAUGGUAUAUUGUCCUCAUAUCAUGUUGACCUUCCUCUGUGAAGCUAAAAAUUUCUUGGCAAUGUUAUGGAGGUAUUAUUUUCCAAGCUCUGCUGUCUCUAUAAGUUGUUUUCAAUGUUAUUGUGCUGUGUAACUGUGAUACUUUUGGAAGAUGUGGCAAGGUGAUUUUUUUCCAUACUUUUCCCACGCCAUCAUUGGUCAGGCAUCUCUUCACGCAUACCUUAGCAAAGGUUAGGGGACGGACGGAAUACAUUAGAUACCGGUUAUGAACUGCUUUUUUAAUACAUUUGUGAUCUUUAUUCAUUCCGCAAUCACACAGUUCCAUAUGUCGAUCCAUGCUCUCUACGGCUUUUCAUGGUGUUUUUAUUAUCAUAAGCGUUAUUGGUAGCUUACUAAUGCUUUUUUAACCUAUUUUAGAGAUACCAUUCAGCCUAUUGCCGACAUAACAGGGGCUUGGGAUGUAGUUAUAAAGCAGUCAGUCAUACUCAUAAUGUAUGAUAUCAUUUUUUGGGGGGGGAAUGAUGGAAGAUAAGUGGAGGGAAUGAUAGAUAAUCUGUAAAUUAUUACAUAAAACGAAGUAGUAUUUCACAGUAGUGUAGGAUGAACAUAUUUUGUAGAAAAAUAAAAAUGUCAUAGUUUGUCUAAAUUAUUCACUCAUUGUAGUUAGGGUCACCAGGUUUCUAUUGAGAGUCCAGUUGAUCAAAAUACAGUUAGCUCAAGUCAUUGCGUUAUGUUUUAGAGUGCCUGUGAAGGAGACUUGAUCAAGCAUUUGUGUUAUCAUCUCAAUACUUUCUGAUGAUCACAGGCGAUAUGUGUAGUUAUUGACUUGUGCCGAUAGAGAUGGAUGCUGAAAGUGGUAGAGUGGCUAAAUUUUGCUUUUGACUGUUUUGUUUAUUGGUUAUGAUUAAAA